AUGGGAAACACCAAGGGAAAGGCAGGGUGGAAGGCUAGUGGACAAGCAAACAGCAAGAAAGACAGAGGAUACGAAGCGUCUCCUAGCAACGUCAUGAGGCCUCGCUCGAGUAUGGGCUUGUCAUCACAGAGAGAUCUGGUCACAGAUACAGAGCUCUCAGUGUACCACGCCGCCAUGAAGGCGUUCCCCACAAAGGAACCAGCGCUCACCAGGCAGAAAAUGAUAUGCACGUCGUGCCAUGACGGCCUCUCGGUUUAUGACGAUAGAAACCCAAGAGAAGAGGCGAUGGUGCACAAGCCGAGUGCUGCAGAUGAAGAUGACCGGAGCAGGUUCAAGAGGAGCAAGGCGCGGGUGCGAAGGAAAGUCAGCUCCAAGGAAGAUGAGGAAGACCCUCGGGUUGAGAUCAAGAGGAACCAACAAGCCAUGAUGUCUGCUCUUGAGAAACUCAACGCCCUGACUGACUUCAGCCAAGAGGAUCUAUCCAAGAACGCUCUUGAGGGACGAGAAGUAGAGUGGAGGGUCGAUGACGUGGAGAAGUACUCGCAAACGAUCGUUGCAAGAGAGAAACUGAGCAAGUUCGCAUGUGCUUCUGCGCCGAAUUGGCCAGCCCUUGAUGUCGAAAUGAACAAGACAAACGAAAUCUUGUCCAAGUGCGAAGUGUUGGACAAGGCCCUUGCUGAGAUGGCCAAGAAUCAGGCCAGGCAAGUCCAGCAGAUUGCAGAAUCCAAAGCUGAGGUAGAGACGGUCGACAGACAAGUUCAGACUGUGGAAGAGAACGUCUCCUACUCGGCAGACGUGUCGACACGAGCUACAAGGCUGAUGAAUGCGUCUCGGAUGAACAACGUUGGACUGGGUCACAUGAUCGACCUUGAGAACUGUAUCGGAGAAGAAGGGUACAAAGCGAUGAAGAAUGAGAUGAAGUCGUCCAGCAAAAGAGGUCGUGAUGUCAUGGCGCAACAGAUGGCGAAGGCGAUCAAAGAGUUGUUGGCGGAGCGAAAGAAGAUGAUUCAGGUGAUGGAAACCCUCAUCGCCAGCGCAAGAGAGCACGCAAAGAGGGCGCAAGAAACGGAAAAGAAGGAGACAGAGAACAAGUUCGUGCAGACCGAACCGAUCUCGUUCAGCACCAAAGAGAGCGCAAGUCGGCAGGUCGAUAGCGAGCAGGUAGGAGGUGAAGUAGACGCUGCUGCAGACUCCACGAGCAAGGCGAUAAGGCAGUGGAAGGACUACUUGAGUCAGUUCGCAAACAAGCCCAAGGCGAGCGUUGCUCCAGCAUCGAUCCUCUACAGAUUUCUCAAAGAGAUCGUGUACGAGUUCACAGUUCACAAGUUCGGCCUCAAGUCGGUUGCGGACGCGAGACUGUCCGACCUCCUGGGCUCUCUCCCAGCUUACAAGGACUCCAUGCCCCUCGCUCGCAUCUUCGGAAGACUCUGCGGGCUGUUGGAAGAGGAGUACUCGCAGGACGCGCUGAUCUUCUUCUGCUCUGCUUACGAUCUGCUCGAGUCAACAAGCAUGGGAGGAUCGAGUCGAUCGAUGACAUGGUUCGAUCUUGGGACUUCAACUAGAGCUGCCGAGCUCGUGGCCAAGAUCACCAAGCUGCAAGAGCCUCCUCCCAACGUCAAAGAUCCUCCUCCUCAUCGGGUGCCGAAGCGCGAGUGGGAGAGAUUCAAAGCUGUCAUGGCGAGCAAAGCGCACAGUUCGUCACAGGCAGACAAGGUGACUGUCGAUCUCGAGCUCUGGUUGGAUGCGAUUCUCGACAAAACAUUCGAGUUCCUUGAGUCGCAAGAGACGGAUCUGAUCCGCAUCUUCAACGAGAACGACGCCAAUGGAGAUGGAAUACUGACAUUCGAAGAGUUCUUGGAACUUGUUCGCAACAUGUCUGGGUCGAGCACGCACGGGAAGGAGCUUCUGGAUCAGUGCCAAUCUGCGUAUGCUGCCAUGUUGAAACAAAGUGCCGAUGGCAGGAUAACACCCAAGAUCUUUGCACAAACUUGGCGGCACCAUUACCACAUUACCGUCAGAACCAAGACGGAGCGACGCGAUGACGUCAGCGAUGAAGAGCCGGCGGACGAGGAUAAGGACAAGCAGGAUGAAAAGGGAGGCAGAGCUGAGAACUGGGACAAGAUGGACGACAUGCUUGAAGAAGCUCUGUGGGACAUCGAGCAAUUCAAGCAAGACCAUCCCCAGAUCACCGAGCAGAAUAUCUUCCUCCUGCAGCUGCUGGAGCAGGCACAAAAUGUUCGAUAUUCAAUCCAUCAGAGGAUUGGGACUGAAGAAGAGGCCCUUCAGAACAUACGAGAACUGAAACGCAACAAGAUCAAAGUAGACAACUAUGAUGUUAUUUCAUGCAACCCUCCUCAUGUCGACUCUAGGUAG